AAAAUUUAAAUAUUUAUAAUAAUUAGAUACUACAAAUUGAAACACUUUCUAGUUACAUAACGUUAAUUGCAAAAGAAAGAAAAACUAGGAAGUCUAACACUAACAUGAACAAACCGGUUAACAUUAAGAAAGUCAAUUUGUAAACCACAAAAGAUAAAAAAUAAUUUCCAAAUGUCUCGGCAGCCAUUUUUUAACUUGACGACUUAUAAAUUGUAACUUUCAGGUUUACUCGUUCUUGACAUAUCGCAUUUCGUGUGUCCGUAGCACGGCUAUAAAAUCGCGCAAAGACAUAAUACGGUUUUUAAUAUAAGAGACAAUGGAGCUAUUAUAGUCAAAAUUAAUUCUUUGAUAGUUCCAUAUUUAAAACUCGAUGUUUAAAUGUAAAAGUUUGUGCAAUAAAAUAUAUAUUUUCUGUUUGACAUUUCAUGUCUAGCGUCUGUGGUAGAUAAUGUUGGCACAACAGUAUAAAUAAAAUCCUUAUCGCUAAGAAAUAUUUAUUCGCCCAAAAGAGGUGUCGUUGUUGUCAUGCAAAAAGGAAAAACAAACAGUUUAAAAUUUGCUUAGUGUAAUAUGACCAAUUACAGUUUAAAGAAAAACAAGUCACGCUUAAGAAAACCAUACCAUCUGCAAAUAUAGAAAGAUGUAUUGUAUCAAAGUUUACUUGGCGUUUCUUUUCAUCUCAAGAAUAGCAACAUUGAAAUGUUAUCGUGGUGAAACAAUACAGCCAAAUUUUUUGAACAUUCCAAUAACAAAAAGUGCAACUACGUGUGAUGUUGGAAUAUGUACAUUAGUUGUAUCAGAUGCGAAGUUGUUCACUACAACAACUCGUCAGAUAACCAUGGCAUGUCAACAGGUAAAAGGCACCUGCAACGAAAUCUGCAACGCGCAUGGGACAAAUGGAGAACUAUCAAGCUGUAAAGCUACAUGUUGUCGAACUGAUUUGUGCAAUGACCCUAGCAAAGGACAGAUAACUGAAGUUCCACCCUCAAACACAAACGCUGACGUGAAUAAAAAUUCAUCAAAUAAUAACAGACAGAUAACUGAAGUUCCACCCUCAAACACAAACGCUGACGUGAAUAAAAAUUCAUCAAAUAAUAACAGUACAUUAAUAAUUGUUAUGUGUCUGUCAACUUUGAUCAUAAUUUUGAUUGCAAUUUCAACCAUUUACUUAUUUUAUAUGCACAGAAAAAAAUUAAAAAGGGAAAGAACAAAACAACAAAAACAACAACAACAAAAACCAAAACAACAACAACAACAACAGCAACAACAGCAACAACAACAAGUCCAGGACGAAAAUUUAUCAUAUCAUUUGUACGAGUCUUUGGAUCGUCAGUAUACACGAGACGCUCCAUAUGUAGUACCCUCUUAUACACAAGGAGGACAUAGCACUGCUUAUGAAGUUCCAUUGGAAGAAGAUGCAAAUUUGCAGAGGAGCUCCUUAACAGAAGCAAGACUUAAUGCUAAUGAGAUUCCACUAGAGAAAGAUUUAGAUACGCAAAAUUCCCCUACACAAGGAAAUCUUAACACUACAUAUGAAGUUCCACGCGAGGAUGAUUCGGAUAUGCAGAAUUCCCUUACACAAGCAAGACCAGAGCAAGAUACAAGUCUGCAUGACUACUCAACAGAAGCGGGAUUUAACACAGCAUACGAGGUUCCAGUGGAGAAAAAUGCAAGUUUGCAAAACUCCAUUACACGAGCAGGACUUAACACAGCAUACGAAGUUUCACUGGGAGAAGAUGCAAGUAUGCAAAAUAAUGAUUUGGAUAAUUAUGAAUAUGAAGUUGUGUUAUGAGUAGACACAAAUAAUCUUAUAACAAAACUUGUUAUUCUAUUACUUGCAUUUUUAUGGAGCAGCGUUAAAUUAGUGUGUUAAAUUCAGAUUAGACUUUAAUCGGAUGUUUCAACAAGAAUCUUAAAGAGGCUGUAUUGAUUUCUUUAUAAACAGAACGUUUGUCAAUUUUUUACGUAAUCAAAAUAUUUUUUAUGUGUUUGAGCAAAAGCAUAGCAUGCAAAUCCUGCGGAACUAAUAUUUUGUUUCUUAAGCUUCCAAAACAAUUUUAAAAAUAAAACCAUUUGUCAGCAACAGCUCAGGAUGA